GUUAUUUUUUGUUUGAGGUUUUAUUUCCCUUAUUGGGUAUAUGCUCUGCUGGCUCGCAAUGGCCGCCCUGGCCCCUCUAGUUUUCCUCUUUUGCCGCUCUCCCCCCUUUUCCAUUCUCUUAUUUCACCAUGUGUGUGCGCGAGAAGAAAUAACAAUGGAGGGAGGGAAGAGCUGCGGCAAUAGCGUGAGUGAGGAGGUGAAGCCGGAGUGGGAGGAAGGAGAGGUCUUGAUGCAGGGCGGAGGCGGAGAGGGUGGGGGUGCUGUGACGGCGGCGGGGGAAGCCAUGGCGCCGGUGCAGAUCGACGUGAGGAUGGACGUGGCGCUGCUCCACUGCCAGGCCUGCCUCCUCCCCCUCAAGCCUCCCGUGUUCAAGUGCGAGGCCGCCGGGCACGUGGUGUGCUGCUUCUGCCGCGCCGGGCACGCCACCCUCUGCAGCCGCGCCGGCACCCACUGCGGCGAGCUGGACGCCGUGGUCGGCGCCGCCAAGGUGCCGUGCCCCUACAAGGUGUUCGGCUGCGAGCGCUACGUGGUGUACCACGGCGCGGCGGACCACCAGCGCGCGUGCCAGUGCGCGCCCUGCUCCUGCCCGGAGCCCGGCUGCGUCUUCGUGGGUUCCCGCGCGAUGCUGCUCGACCACUUCGCCGCCGGCCACCAGCGCCACGCGGUCACGGUCCGCUACGGCCGGCCUUGGAACCUCGGCUUCUCCCUGUCGCGCCGCUGGCACGUGCUCGUCGGGGAGGACCGCAGCGUGUUCCUCGUCUCCCUCGGCCCGCUCGGCGCUGCCACCGCCGUCUCGCUGGUCUACGUCAGGCCGGACGGCGCGGCCGAAGCGGCGCCCCAGUUCCGGUGCAAGCUGUCCGUGGAGCGCCCGGCGGGCGACGGCAAGGACAACCUGGUCCUCAUGACCUCCGCGGUGAGCAGCAGCGCGCUGUCCACCGGCGCGCCGGCGCCCGGGCAGGGGAUGUUCCUGGCGGUGCCCCAGGAGCUGCUCUCCGGCGACACACUCAUGCUCAGCGUCCGGAUUGAUCUGAUCCGACCGGCCGGCGGCGCUCCCAAGUCCGCUACACCUACACCACAGGCCAGGACGCCGAGGAGGUUGCAGUGAAGUACUCGUAUGCGUUUGAUUAUCUGCACCAUGUUAACUUAGAUGGCUUCUCAUGGUUAACUUGUUUAAUGCAAUAUACUAAGAUUUAUAGUAUGACGAACAGUUCAAUUCAGUGGAAGUAGUGCAGCUAA